AUGAGGAAAAUAGAAGAAAGUGAUCAUUUGAGAUUGCAGGGGAGGCUAUGGUUUCAGGUGAUGACGUGUUACUCAUCAGUAUAUAAUGCGUCAUGUAGUGGACGCUCUCUCUCUCUGUUUAGGCAGAAAAUUGCUUCCUUUGAGGAUGAAUCCAUUGAGAGUUUGGAGAAGCAAGAUAUUAUUUUCAAGUUGAUAAGCCAUGUUUUGGGUAAAGUUAAUGUUGAAUCUAAGCUCCAUGAUCAGAUGAGUUCUAUAGCUAGAAGGAAACUUCAGUCCAUGUCUGCAUUUCUCAAGAAGCUUGCUUAA